AUGACUUCGUCUACUGGCUGGCAGCCAGCCAAACAGCCGACCACCAUGCAUCGUCUCCCAUCCGUUUCUAGCCUCAUGUCACCCCCAGAGACCAAGCCUCUCGAGAGCUUUCCCGUCUCGCUUUCACCGUUUGCAAAGCCUCGAGACUCUUCAACUCGUGACAUACAGCUUCCACCCAUCUCAGCUGAUCGAAAACGAACCCAGUCAGAGAUGGACCUCCCAUCGCCACCUGUGACUCCCUAUACGGGGAACAAGACGAGCAAUUCCCACGCCUCGGACCAAAUUGAAAGGGAUUUGGGAUCCCCUAGGGACCCUGAUUCCGUUACUGACGUUGCUACGGAUGAGCCGUUGUUUGGCCCCGUUCACCCUCCAUCUGCGGAGGCACUUGUGGAAAAGCACAUGAAUUCUCAUAUGGCAAUCUUUCGCAAUAAGCUGAACAAACCCACACGAGAUGAAUAUCUCCUGGCGCUCUCCUGUGUUCCUAUUGUUUCGACUCAGUACAAUCGCAAUCCGGGUGCAUGGGCCCGAGAGGAGCGGGAGACGCUGGAGCGCCAGAUGGCCAUGAUGAACCGCUAUCGCCCAGGAGAUUACGAACCCAAGUUGAAGAAGAUUGCUCCUGCGCCAGUGAAAAGAUCAGGAAAUCAGUCCCGCGUGCAGCGAACCCGGGUCAAACGCACCCCUAAAUCCACACCCAAGCAGCAGGUGUUUGACAACUUUGAUCCCCCCCAAACCCCGCUUACCAAACCGCGUGCCUUGGGUACAAAUCGCGAUGACACCGAUUAUCACUCACUCAAGGACUAUUCGCCCCCGGCAGAUACGCUAGGCGGUAAUGCCAAAGCAUUGAAGGCCGAUUGGAAGGGGCAGAUGUUGGAUUUGAGCAAUGACCCGGACAGAAAUAUUCUCAGUCCCGCCGAGCUCAAUCUUGCCUCCACCCUGAGACUUUCAUGUGCAACCUAUCUAUGCAGCAAGCGUCGAAUUUUUGAAGCUCGGGUUCGAGCUCUUGGUGUUGGCAAAGAAUUUCGCAAGACAGAUGCCCAGCAGGCUUGCAAGAUCGAUGUCAAUAAAGCCAGCAAACUUUGGACCGCUUACGAACGUCAUGAUAUCGCAGGCGACGUGUUUUGA